CUCUCACGGAUGAGUCUUUUGCGGAUUAUUGCCCUAAGAUUGAAACAUUUUCAAAAGGGACUGGCAUCCCUUCAUGAAGCAUCCUCCAGUCCAUCACGGCGUCACCAAGCUGCGAUUGUCUCGAUCCCUUAUGCAGAGGAGCCCUCACUCAACCCACAGGAAAAGAACCAUUCAAGGCCUGGAACGGUCAACCCGGGCUUCUCAUCCACCCAAGAUCCAACCAUCCCUACCGCGUAUCCCCCUCGCCCCCAUCCUAUCUGGUCCUCUCCAUUCAACCCAAAGUCCCAAAAGACCCAUCGAGGCCGUGAAAUGUGAAGGCGAGCCAGGCACCACUCACACUUUCAUGCGUCCGACGUAGCCCCAUGCCACCGCAUCUGGGGUCUGCCUGUUUCAACAACGUCCCUCUCUCAAGGGGGCUGAGAACUCGAGAAGCAUUAAGUGUGCAGCGCUAGAAAAAGUCUGGCGAAAAAUGCCCGUCGAACCA